AUGAAUCAAACUUCUCCUUCACCGGGUGAGAAGAUCUCAGGAGGCCCGCCAACCCGCCCAGACCUAUCCAGUUCUCAGCCUGACGAUCUCCAAAGCGCCGACUUACCCAAUCUUCGACAAGAAGCACAAAAGCCGGCAGCGCAAAAUGAAGCAGCCUCUUAUCGAACAACAUUCUUCGUCAAUGUCGACUGGAGCAUGGGUUCGACGCUUGCGACUGCGAAGAACAUCGUUGGCCAGAUGUACGUCGAGGGUCUGGAACCUCUCGAGAGACACCAUCCAUACCCUAUCAUCCUCAUCCAUGGAGACUUUCACACUGGUCAGACAACCAAGCCAGAUGGUCAGCCUGGAUGGGCCUCGUUCUUCCUUAACAAAGGCUUCCAAGUCUUCAUCGUUGAUUUGCCCCCUUCUGGUCGCUCCAAUUUUUUAACAACCUCCCACUACAUCUACCGCGAAGCAGGCCUCAGCUCCAGUUCUAUCCCGGCAAGAGGAGUUGAAUCAAGCCUAACUGCGCCUGGUGUACCUCGAGAAGUGGGCGUGCCCCUCCAAUAUGCAAAGGCGAAACUCCACGAUAAAUGGCCUGGCACUGGAAUGCGCGGGGAUCCCACUUUCGCCAAGUACUGCGCUUCCUUGGAGACUCUUCACCUCAACAAAGUAGAGCGCCAAUCUCUCGCUCAGAACGCCCUCCAAGCGCUCCUGCGUCAUGUCGGCAAGUCUAUCCUCGUAGGCGAAGGAUCAGGCGGAGCUGCGGCUUGGCUAGCUACCGACGUUGAACCUGACCUCGUCGCUGGUGUUAUUGUUCUGGAGCCACCAGGACCUCCUUUUGGCACGGCGUGCCCCAAAGAAAGAAAUCCUUACCGCCAGUACACACCUUUCAUUCAGUAUGAGGAAGGGACUCGGAUUUACGGAUUGACGGACAUCCCUCUUACCUACGAUCCUCCAGCACAUCCACAUGGAGGAUAUGACCAUCCUGAGAAGAACCCGCUCGACAUAACCCAACUUACAUCGCCUGAUGGAAAGAGCGAGUGUUUCGUACAGGCUCCAAAGCCUCGAAAGCUCAUCAAUAUCAAGAAAGUUCCUAACGCGGUUGUAACGGCACAUGCAAGCUCGCAUGGCAUGUACGACUGGGCUACAGUGACUUUCAUGCUGCAAGCUGGCGUCAAAUGCGACAUGAUCAAGCUUGAGGACAAGAACAUACUGGGCAACGGGCAUCUUAUGUUUCUCGAGACGAACAGCAAUGAAAUUGCCCAGGUUCUCAUGGAUUGGAUUUCGGAGAAAGCGUUACCAGCGUCGUUCCAAAUGCUGGCCUCAGAGCCUACACCACCGCCAGAGUUCAGCGAAUUUGUGGACACUGUCCAAAGACUGAGCCCUCGAAGGGAGUCAAGUGUCGAAUCCAUCAUCUCUCGAAAGACACAAUUGCUGGACUUCCAGUCGCUGGACCACGAGAUGAGCCUAGUUCAACUCCCGGAAACACCACAGCCCUCAUGUGAGCUAGAAGUCAGAUCUCAUCAACCCGAGUCGUCUGGUGAGUAUUCGACUAGAAACUCGAACAAGAGACCCCCUCCGUCGUCUGGACAAACAACCAUCAGUAUUUGUAAUGGCGUCGAAUUUCCAUACCCACCUUCGACAUCGGCUGAUAAUCCGAAACGACGACGAAUUGUUGCCGCUACUGGGAUGUCCACUCCGUCAUCGGCAUCUUCUGCAAUCUCAUCUUCUCAGGAGAGCUCUGACCAGACACAACCCACGGAAGUUAGUCAAGUUCCACCACAGCAGAUCCAGGUCACAACGGAAGAGAAGCCCGUUUACGAUGUUUCUCUGUUGAAGCCUACUCUUCCAAGCGGGUUGCCGUCUUGCCUGAAACUUCCGGUCAAUAAAGGCAAUCAACCCUCGAUAGCAAGCCCUGCACUAAACCUCCCCAGUCAACUUCAAACUUCCAGACUCUUCAACGGGCAAUCAAACGCCUUGUAUGAGCAUAUUCCGAAUGCUCAGCAAACCAAAGCAUUGCAGAGAGACUAUCAGCGUAGUUUCACGCCCAACAAGAACCACACAACGGUCCGCUUUGAGUGCCAAACUGGAUCCACAGACAAGGCUAUUGGAGUGAACAUGUAUAACCAGAAGAGUCUUCCCUCUGGUUUGGCUUACCCAGGUUCAAUCCCAAACCCGAACUUCCAGUCGUGGUCCCCCACUCAGCAAGCACAGCAACGAGGUUCUUAUCCGCAACGACCGGACCAUUCGCCUGCACUUGGCGGAGGAGACCUCAUGCCGGUCCCAACUUCGACGCCGACUGCAGACCAGUUUACGACGGCACCUCUUGCUGGCCCCUAUACCCCGUUGAUGCCACCUUCGACAGAAGGUGGUCACUUCCACAACCCUUUCGGUACUUAUCCGCAGAUGACGCCCCCGAGUCCAUCUCCGGCUCCCAGACCAUCAUCUAACCCUCCGGCUUUCAACUUGAGCAUGGAAUCACCUGCUCCCCCUGCACAGCAGAAAACUCUAGCCUCCACGUGA